CAAGAUGGCUGCGUCGACCGCGGCUGGGGCUUCCACGCAGCCCGUGUCGGCUGCUACGUCCGGGACAUCGUUCUCACCUCCUCAGUCAUUGGGGCGAGUCGGCAGCAACAAGAGCGGGUUGUUGGAGAAGUGGAAGAUUGAUGAUAAACCUGUAAAAAUUGACAAGUGGGAUGGAUCAGCAGUGAAAAAUUCUUUGGAUGAUUCUGCCAAAAAGGUUCUUCUAGAAAAAUACAAGUACGUGGAGAAUUUUGGUUUGAUUGAUGGCCGCCUCAUCAUCUGUACGAUCUCCUGCUUCUUUGCUGUCGUGGCUUUGGUCUGGGACUACCUGCACCCUUUUCCAGCAUCUAAACCAGUCCUUGCCCUGUGUGUCAUAUCUUAUUUCAUCAUGAUGGGGAUCCUGACAAUCUACACAUCAUAUAAGGAGAAAAGCAUUUUCCUUGUAGCUCAUAGAAAAGAUCCAUCAGGAAUGGACCCUGAUGAUGUUUGGCAGCUCUCUUCCAGUCUUAAAAGAUUUGAUGACAAGUACACUCUGAAGCUGACCUUCAUUAGCGGGAAAACCAAACAGCAGAGGGAAGCAGAAUUCACCAAGUCCAUUGCUAAGUUUUUUGACAACAGUGGGAUGCUGGUCAUGGAGGCCUACGAGCCUGAGAUCUCCAAGCUCCACGACAGCCUCGCCACAGAGAGGAAAAUGAAAUAAUCCUUCCAGGAACAGCCUUUUUUCUGCUGGGAUCAUGCUGACCACACAUAUACACCCACACCCACACACAAACACAAACACAAAAGAAACAACAAAAAACAAACUGGAAACAAAACACCCCAUAAACCAGAAACUGAAACCGAUAGAGUAAAAUAAAGAAUGUUUAAAAUGUCUCAUGUUUUGUCAUGAAAUCCUACUCCCUUCUGGAUCAAUAGGAUUUUCUAAAGCAGAACCAGGAGCUGGGAGCUAGGAUUGAGCAAUUGAGCUCAUGGUUUGACCUGUCCAUAUGGUUACUUUGCUCUAACCUGUCAUUAGGGUUGCUCUCUACUUUUGGGAUUGAUUGGAUUAAAAGACUUGACUUGUCAAGGACCUUUGGAAGGAGUUUUUGUUUGAAGCUCUAUGUACUUCCUCCUUUGUAUCUGGCAGUGCUUAUCCCAUGCAAGCAGCUUCCUGCCAUGCCUGUCCCUUUAAAAUUUUUUAAUCUGUUCCCCAUUAUGCUGACUUCUUGUACCUGGCCAUUAUUUUUUUUUUAUUCCCAGACCCUGUCUCCAGGGAUUCAGGACAAAAUCUUUGGGGGUAUAGCAGCUUCCAGUCACAGACCUAGUUUUGAGUUUUGUAUUUAUUUGACUGACUUGCAGGGGUGACUUUAAAAAGUUAUAAUACACAAUACCCAUCACUUUAAUUUGUGAAGACAGACCAGGAGAAGGAGAGAUCCUUCUGAUAUCAGGUUUUGUGCUUUUGACCAAUCAAAUCGGUCGAUUGCAUUUUUAUUUUCUUUAUGUCCUCCAUGGUGUACCCUCACUUUUGUCCCUCAACUCUCACAUUUCUUACUUUGUUCUGUCUCCCUUAUUAACUGCCAUUUUCUAAAUGAAUUUUUUUCAAUAAAAGGAAAGAAGAGAUGUAAA